CGCCGCCGCCGCCGCUACCGCCGCGUCAGCAGCGUGCCGCACGUGCCCGUGUUUACGUCCCUCGUGGAGCCGCAGACGUCACAGCCGAAUGGCAACAUUGUGGCGAUGCUGAGACUCGAGGUUUAGGAGUCUGCGUUCUGGUUCUGGCUGGCUCGGCGCGGGUGGCGGGAGGCAGAGAGGCAGCCCGGAGGUAGGCCCCGGCGAGCGGCGGACGCGCGCCCCGGUGCCUCCGCACUCAGUCCCGCGGCUUCGCGCAGGCGGGUCCGGCGGCCCAGGGCCCCGCGCUGCCGCAGCGAGCGGCUUGUAAACAGAUCCGGCCGCACGUGACCAUGUGAACUACCUGCUCCGGGCCGCGUAUUGUCUCUUCUGCGAGUCGCGCCACAAAGGAGCCGGUGGAUGUGCGGCCGGCGGCGCUAAGAUGGCUGAAGGCGCCCGGCAAGGGUGAGCUGGGGGCGCGGCCACCGCGGAGACUCGGCCGGGCGGCCCCCCUCGGUCAGGCCCCGGAGCUACCAUGUCGUUCGCGCUGGAGGAGACACUCGAGUCCGACUGGGUGGCGGUGCGGCCCCACGUAUUCGACGAGCGCGAGAAGCACAAGUUUGUGUUCAUUGUCGCCUGGAACGAGAUCGAAGGCAAGUUUGCUAUAACCUGUCACAACCGGACGGCCCAGAGACAGAGGAGCGGUUCCCGGGAACAGGCGGGGACGCCCGCGUCUGAUGGGAGUCGCGGGCCCGGCAGCCCAGCGGCCAGGGGUCGGCCCGAGGCCGCUGCCUCUGCUACGUCGCUCCGGAGCCCCGGUCCACGGAAGAGCCAGGCCCGGGCGGAGGGCGGCUCUCCGCGCAGCGCGCGCAGCCAGAGGGGGGAUCCUCCUCGGGGUCCCGCUGGCAAGGGACUGGAGAGUCCUCUCCGUAGCCCCGCGCGGGCCAAGGCUAGCCCGCUCCGCCGAGGUGCGGAAUCCCGAGAUGCGACCGCCAGUGCCUCGCCAGUCCCGCCGGCUCCCCCGGUGUCGUCGGUGCGGGUGGUGAGUGCCUCCGGGGCGGUCUCCGAGGAGAUCGAGGUCCUGGAAAUGGUGAGGGAGGACGAGGCGCCACAGCCGCUCCCCGACUCGGAGCAACCGCCGUCUGCGGCUGAGCUGGAGCCUGCGGCUGAAGAAUGCAGCUGGGCCGGGCUUUUCUCCUUCCAGGAUCUGCGGGCCGUGCAUCAGCAGCUGUGCUCAGUCAACUCCCAGCUGGAGCCGUGUCUGCCGGUGUUCCCCGAAGAGCCGUCCGGCAUGUGGACGGUGCUGUUUGGGGGCGCCCCCGAGAUGAGCGAGCAGGAGAUCGACGCUCUAUGUUACCAACUCCAGGUCUACCUGGGCCACGGCCUGGACACGUGUGGCUGGAAGAUCCUUUCCCAGGUGCUGUUCACCGAGACGGAUGAUCCGGAGGAGUAUUACGAAAGCCUCAGCGAGCUGCGGCAGAAGGGCUACGAAGAGGUGCUUCAGCGGGCCAGGAGGCGCAUCCAGGAGCUCUUGGACAAGCACAAGACUAUAGAAAGCAUGGUAGAGCUUUUGGACUUGUAUCAGAUGGAGGACGAAGCCUACAGCAGCCUUGCAGAGGCAACAACUGAACUCUACCAGUAUUUACUGCAGCCAUUCCGAGACAUGCGAGAGCUGGCCAUGCUGCGAAGACAGCAGAUCAAGAUCUCCAUGGAGAACGAUUAUUUGGGCCCUCGAAGAAUUGAGAGUCUACAGAAAGAAGAUGCCGACUGGCAGCGGAAAGCUCACAUGGCUGUUUUGUCUAUUCAGGAUCUCACUGUCAAAUAUUUUGAAAUAACAGCAAAAGCUCAGAAAGCUGUGUAUGAUCGGAUGCGAGCAGAUCAGAAGAAAUUUGGCAAGGCAUCGUGGUCAGCAGCUGCUGAACGAAUGGAAAAACUCCAGUAUGCAGUUUCUAAAGAGACUUUGCAGAUGAUGAGAGCUAAAGAGAUUUGUCUGGAACAGAAGAAGCAUGCACUUAAAGAAGAGAUGCAAAGCUUACAGGGCGGUACUGAAGCUAUAGCUCAGUUGGAUCAGCUGGAAUCUGACUACUAUGAUCUGCAACUUCAGUUGUAUGAAGUACAGUUUGAGAUCUUGAAGUGUGAAGAGUUAUUAUUAACUGCACAGCUGGAGAGCAUCAAAAGACUUAUAUCAGAAAAGAGAGAUGAAGUUGUGUACUAUGACACUUAUGAAAGCAUGGAGGCCAUGCUGGAGAAGGAAGAGAUGGCGGCGUCUGUGCACGCACAGAGGGAAGAGCUGCAGAAGCUGCAGCAGAAGGCACGCCAGCUGGAAGCAAGACGGGGCCGCGUCUCUGCCAAGAAAGCCUACCUCAGAAAUAAAAAGGAAAUUUGUAUUGCAAAGCACCAUGAAAAGUUCCAGCAGCGUUUUCAGAGUGAAGAUGAGUACAGAGCCCAUCAUACAGUACAGAUAAAGAGAGACAAGUUACAUGACGAAGAGGAAAGAAAAAGUGCCUGGGUUAGCCAAGAGAGACAGAGGACACUGGAUAGACUUCGAACGUUUAAGCAGAGGUACCCCGGACAAGUCAUCCUUAAGUCAACCAGAUUAAGAGUGGCUCACUCCAGAAGAAAAAGCACAGCAAGCCCUGUGCCCUGUGAGGAGCAGUGUAACUCUCUCCCAGCAAUGCUACAGGGGAAGGAGAAGACAGAGGUGGGAGAAGGGGGAAUCCAGCUUGGGUCUUCACAGCCAGCAGAUCCUGGGAGCCUUGUCCAACUUGAAGACUCUUCAUCAGUACAACUUGAAUCCACCUCAUUACCUCCUCGUGCUGUCGGCUCUGAACUGCCUCCUCCCGAGUCAGCUCCACUGCUGACUAGUAGUGACCCCAAACCCUGUUCUCUUCCACCCCCUCUUCCUCCAACACCUCCCCCUCCCCCUCCACCCCCUCCACCUCCACCUCCACCCCUGCCUGUUGCAAAGGACAAUGGGGCCACCACCACAGCAGAGACACUGGAGAAAGAUGUACUUAGGAUGGAGGGUGGUGGGAAGAGCAUCCCAAAGUCAGCCAGUGCUCCCGCGGCACACCUCUUCGAUAGCAGCCAGCUGGUCAGCGCCCGGAAAAAGCUCAGAAAGACUGCUGAGGGUUUGCAGAGGAGGAGAGUGAGUUCACCCAUGGAUGAAGUGUUAGCGUCCUUGAAGCGUGGUAGUUUUCAUCUGAAAAAGGUUGAACAGCGGACUCUGCCUCCUUUUCCUGAUGAAGAUGAUAGUAAUAAUAUUUUGGCGCAGAUAAGGAAAGGGGUAAAAUUGAAGAAGGUUCAGAAGGAAGCUUUGAGAGAAUCCUUCACACUUCUGCCUGAUACAGACCCUUUGACACGGAGCAUUCAUGAGGCUCUAAGAAGAAUUAAAGAAGCGUCCCCAGAGUCAGAGGAUGAGGAAGAGGCUUUGCCUUGCACAGACUGGGAGAACUAGCAGGUGAUUUAACAGAGGGAAGAAAAAUACCUAUGGAUGAAGACUGGCUCUGAUCCUUUGGGGAAAAAUUUAAGCUCUUGGUUCCAAAAUUGGAUUCCAUUAGGUCCUGAGUAUAUUGACAAAGUAUAUGAAAAGAGGAAGCACAAGAGAGGCUAGUGCAGUGUUCCGACUGCAGUGCGGACGAGCCUCCUGGACGGCUGGCUGUUCCUUACACCCCUCUCCCCAUCUGCCCAGGCAUAAUCCCACGUGGCCAGUUCCAUCACUAGGAAUUCGAAGAACACUGGGUUGGCAGAGGUCUGCUAUGGGAGCUGCUUUGGGAUUUGACUUUCAGUGAACUGAAGAUAACUCGCUGAAGCACAUCAGCUUAUAGAAACAGUGACAUGCUACAGAAGACAUUUAUCAAGGUAGUUAUGGUCAGGAAUUUAAAAAAAAAAAAACACAUGAAAUGCACUUAAAAUUUCCACAUUAUUCAUCUCCAGAGAUGUUCAGUAUCUGAGAAGCCAAUGGAGAUACACCUAUUAAUGUGUGCACCAGAACAUGACACAUUUAACAAGGCAUAUUUUUAAGAGGCCACAGUCUUACAUUUUGUAAGAGUUUGAAGUUAAAAUUUCCAUGCUUUUAAAAUAGCGUUUCAUAAUUCUGAAUUUAGAAUAGUUUGAAUUUUAUGUGCAUCCUGUUUAUGAGAAGCAAUGCUUUGUAAUUUGAUAAUGUUCUUUUUAGUCUUUUUGUUUGAACUACUGCUUGAUUACUAUAACUCACGACUUUCCUAUUGAGAAAAAUCAGGAUUCAACAGUAGGGGAUACAAAUGAUAACACCUCGUGUCACGCACCAGUGUGAGCGUGUAUUGUUCUGUUCCAUGGUGAGGAGCAUGUGUUCCAUGAAGGUCCAGAAGGCAGCCGCCGGUUCCGAAUGCCUCCAGCUGGCAUUACUGUUUCUUAUUCUGUGGAUAGAACUUUAGGAGAGCAUUUGCUGCUGUCGCUAAGUCUUGAAACUUACAGGUGUAGAUCCAGGGCUGACCCGGCUGUUUAUCAAUGGGGCUGGCACGGAGUGUCAGUGGGAUUAUGUGGACAUGCGUGAAGGACCCAGUUUACAAUACAUUGUAGCGUGUGCUGAUGACGGAGACAGGCCUUGGCUUCAUAUGGAGGAAUUGAAAUACCAAAAAAGAACUUCAUUCCUAGGAAGUUCUUCCCCAGGGUUGCCCAGAGACGUCCCUGAAGUGAAAGCCUCUCAGUGUCUGCCUUGUUUUCCCCCAGGAACAUGGCUCCCUUCUUGUCACUUUUAAGAGAUGUUUCUCUUUAAUUAUGAAAAAGAUUCUUGUAACGGGUUAUAGAAAACCAAAUCUUUGCACUUAUAAUAUUCAUGUUUAUUGAUGAGACUGGGAGGUCAUGGAGCAUUUACUUUAUAUAUUGGUUUUAGUCCAAGCAUAGUUCACGCAUCUUGUCUGCAACAAUUAAAACAGCUCUGAUACAUAAGCCUCAUUCUAAGGUGAUCUGUGUCCUUUAUACCCCAGUAAAGCACCAAAUGUGUUGAAGCCAAAGAGUCAUUGGCUACAUAAAAAAAUAUUUGAAAAGCUUCAGAACUUAACAGAUAUUCUAAAAAUCACCCAUUGUUUAUGUACUUGUAAUAUUUACAGAUCUUUCCCUCUGUGCAUUAUAUAUUCAGGUUCUUUACUUACUUUUGCGACCAGGUUCUGCUAUGUAGCCCUGGCUGGCCCAGAAUUUGCACACACACUCAUUUUAGGCCACACUCAGAUUUGCAGCAGUCGCCUUGUCUCUGCCUCUCUUACAGGUGUGUACCAGAUGCCUGAGUCUGGUUUGUUUUUGUUUUUGUUUUUUUCUAAGAUUCAUUUUUAAAAUCAUUGUAAAUGUACACAGAAGCUCUGGCUUGGUAACUGGGAACCAAACUUGGGUCUUCUGUAGGAAUAGUACAUGCUCUUAAUCUCUGAGCCAUCUCUCCAGUCCCAUGUUUUUUAAACUGUAGGAAAAUAUGGAAUAUAAUUUAACAAAAGCAUUGUAAUCAGUUUAAGCACGAGAUGCCUGGGCUCUGUAGUGGGGAUGAAUUGGAACAAUGAGACUUUCCCAGCACAUCCUGACAAUCCAUGGUUCCAGCAUGGAGCCUUCAGCCUGUUUUCAAGUAAAUGAUUUCCCCCAACAUGCCAGGUUCUCUGCCUCAGGAGCCUUGGUUUGUGGUGGAGUGUAGAUCGGUAGUAAAGUGCAAGACCUUAUGUUCCACCUCUAGCAUUUCUUCUUAAUCUUAAAGAAACGAUUUUUACUUCAUAAAAUCACACACAUUGGAGUUAUACGAUUUUAAAUAACUAGUAUACCUGUUCAUCAAAUCACCAGAUGAGCCCUCAUUAAUUUAAGGUGAUUUUAGGGCCCCAGGAAAGUGACAGUACGCAUGAUGUGGUUUUUCUCCCAUCUUACUUUCCUAGACACCUAAUAAAACACAGAAGUUUUGCUUAAUUUUAGAUGCAAUCAGCAGACCAGAAGUGAUUAGCUCUGGCCUUCAUAGUUCAUUCAUGUGUUUAGUUGUCAUGGCAUUCAGCCAGUGUUUCUAGUGUACGUAAGUUAGCCUUCCAUUGUGUCCAUUAGCCACCGACAUCGCGUGUCUGUGCUGGUCCCAAGUGUUUUAUACUGACCUUGGGAGAGCAGGAGAUGACUUGGGAUGCUCAAUCUGGUGUUAUUCUUCAUACAUACUUGAAUGUCAAUUUCAUAUGUCCCUGAUACAACCAAAAUUAUGUAUAGUAGCUAAUGUACUAUGUAUAGAAAAGGUAUGUCUAGAUUAAAAGUCCUAAUUGUUUUUUAGCAGUAAGAAAUUGCUGGAGAAUGAGGAUUUUUAGUGGCUAAGCAUUGACCUUAUUUAAAAAGUACUUUAUGUAGGGGUAUAAAGUUAGAGACAGCAUAAAAACAAUCAUUCCUGAGUUGUUCAUCAUGCACUUAAGACUUUUUUGCAAAAUUAUUCCUUUUUUUCCCCCUUCCUGAGAUACGGUUUCUCUGUGUUGGCCCUAGCUGUCCUGGAACUCCCUCUGUAGAUCAGGCUGGCCUCAAACUCAGGGAUUUGCCUGCCUCUGCCUCCUGAGUGCUGGGAUUAAAGGCAUGUGCCACUGUACCUGUUGGAAAAUCCAUUUUUAAAAAGAUCCUGCUGUGGUAUGGACUUUCUUAUUGUGAACACUUUGACUCUACAGUGUGUUCAGAGGUUCUCUCUUCUAUAAAUAUGAAUGUAGAACAGUCCUUGGUGCCACAGUAUGUCCUAGAAUGUGGCAAGUUACACAAUGUACUGCAGACACCACACACUAAGGAUUAGAAUCCAGUAGGAGACAGCAUGACAGCACCCACAUGGCAUGGGGAUAUCGACAGUUGUAUUCUCUAGACGCCCUGAGACUUCUUUUUGGAAUUCAUUCACAGAAUAUGUUUGUAUUUAUUUUAACCAAUACUUUUAGGCCAGCUUUGUAAUACACUCAUCAACAGAAAUCAGCGUGCAUAGUGACUUUGGGUCUUUAAUGGGCCUAUCAGGGAGUUUUGAGCUUUCUUACAUUUUACCAGGUAAAAUAACUAAAAGAUCCUGAGCAACUGCAGGACAUUUCAAAUAAUUGCAGACAACUCAAGAUGCAAGCAUCUGGCAGGGGAAGCAGAGACCUUUAAUUUUUCAUCGUUGCACUGAAUAUAAAUGAUUAUAUAAAGCUAUUGUGCAUAUUGAACAUUUUAUUUGUGUUUGGUGUUGCCAAUGACCCGCAAGACUAUCUGUGGAAGAGGGUGAGGAGGCAGACGCACUUACUGCCAAGCAUACUGCGUUCAUGUCUCCCCGCUCAAGUGGUCAGGCCUGAACUUGUGUUGAAGCACAUUAAAAUCCUGCCCAAUUGCUUGGAAAUAAGAGGCAAUGGUAUUUUUAUUCUAUAAAUAUAAUGUAACUUAAAGGUUUUCCAGAAAAUGAGUUUAUAUCGUUAUCUAAACUAUCCUGUGUGUAAACAGAAGCUUUUUAAAAGUAGGAGGCAGCUCUGAUGCAGAGAGACAGUGAGAGACAGUCCACUAAAUGUUCCCUGAGUUAUGCUAAAGAUGUUCUUAUUUUAAUUUUUUUAUUUUUUCCACUGUAAAUGUACAAUUUGGCAUUUGUACAGUUUAAUGGAUUGAGUUCCAAGUUUAUAAAUGUACAGUCUCUUCAGAGCACAUUUAUUGGGCCACUGUAAGGUGCACAUACAGGAAAUACCUGAGGUCGACAUGCUAAGGUGUUCAUGAGUGCUGCUUCAUUUUGACCCUCAAAGGAUCAUUUGUUUUGGGCGGAAGAGGAAGUUUCAUUUCCUUUGUGUUUGUUUUUGUAGAUUCAUUUACAGUUAACAGUGGCCCAGUUUGAGGCAUUGGAAGUAUGUAGGAAAGACCUUGAUAUGUUUAAAAACAAAAGGUGUGGGAGUUGAAUUUUAACAGGGGAAAACAUUUUUACUUGCAUGUUGUACAGUUAACUGUCAAGGGGUGUAAUGCGGCAUUUUAGGUUUCUCCAUGCAAAUUCCUUUGUCUUUCCCUUCCGUGUGGUUUCCCCCUCAUUUGUGUGAUGUAACGGGUUCCAUCCUAUAGCAGUUUCUUACAAUGUUUUUGUCCACACUGCCUUGUUGAAUCUCUCUGUACUGUAUGCACUGCCAAGUGUGAAAUCAUAAUAUGUAGUUUAUUGAGAAACGGAAGGCUGCAGAUCAUUUUUGCAUGAGUAAAACCCACUGGGGCUAAAGAAACUGACACUUUGUUCUUUUUAUUAGUUUUGGGUAAAUGAAGAUCCCAGUGGCAGACUGACUCACCAUUACUAGCUUUGUCAAUGUUAUAAAGGCAGAACACUAUGCACUGUGCUUGGCUUUACAGAUGGCAUCCCACCAUGAUAAUUAAGUGGAUCGUCCACAGCAUACUAUAAAUGCCAUCUCUUGCAAAUUUGUAUAGGUAAAUAUGCUCAAUUAACACUCUCAAGUAUUACAAGUAUAUGGAAACUACUAAGCAGGCAUUUAUAGCAAUACGAUGAACUCUCCAAUCACUGUUUUGACUGUCGCCUUCUGCUCCUUAGUGCAGCCUUUCUGCAUUGUAGUUGCUGCUUUUUUUACAUUUCACACUCCUGACUUCAGAGUUAAGAACUUGCUCACCCAGUGUUGCACUCACCUUUCUUAUUGUACAUGCAAUGUAACAACACACAGUUUUGGUGCUUAACAAUAUUUCUUUUUUUCUUUAAUAAAGGAUAUUUAUUUGAAUUAA